AUGCCUGAGGAAAAGGAUGCGAUCAUGUGCGGAGAGACUUCUCCCAAUCUGGAACCAGCGAUCUACCCACCCACGCCGGCGACGACGGUGCCCAGCACUAUCUCACGCCCCCACCCAAGCGCGCAGGCGAGCUCCGAGGUGUAUGCCAAGUCACCUGCUCGCCUGCAACGCGCGUCCGAACGCGCCUGGGCAGCAUUAGCGGCCAUGCAGCCUCGGUACGAGCACCAGGAUCCGGUCGCAGCGGCGACCCCAGCCCCGCCGUCUCCAGCCCUUGGCCCAGUCGACGCCGAGGUGUCGGACGAGGGUGAGCAGUUUGCCGACGUGGAGGACGACGAGGAGAUCUACCAGUUCUCCGAUGAUGGCCGCUUCGACAUCUUCGAUGCGGCUCUCGACCCGGACGUCCCUCAAUUCGACCUGUCGUGGGGGGAGGUGGAAGCGGAUGAGGAAGACAUCGAGAUGGGUCAGUCUGAGUCACUACCCCAGCGAAUGAAUGUUAAGUCGAGCGUAGCCUCUGGCCGGACGACGCCCAAACGUGUGCGCUUUGCGUGGGACAUCGGUGGCGUGGGUGAGAGCGACCCAGGUUUCAAGGUGUGGCGUGACGGGUAUUAG